AUGCAGGUGGACCCGGCGCAUUCAUUCGUCGGCGCAUCACUUGCCGAGUUUGUAUCGGCAUAUCCCGUUGAAGGAGGUAUGUACCAUUGGAUUGCAGCCAUUGCGCCAAAGCGAUAUAACAGUUUGUUGAGCUUUACAACGGGGUGGUGCACUGUAUUUGGAUGGAUCCUCACGACUGCGUCAACCAAUUUACUAUAUGCCACCACCGUAAUGGCGUCGAUUGCUCUUUAUCAUGAUGAGUUGGUGGUGAAACCAUGGAUGGUAUUUGUGGCAUAUCAGAUCCUCAACAUAUGCAGUUCCGCGGUUGUCAUGUUUGGUAAUAGAUUUAUCCCCAUGAUCAACAAGUUCUCAUUGAUUUUUCUGCAGUUGGCGUGGUUUAUCAUUACGGUCGUUGUUGCUGCUUCGGCACCUGCUCACAACGAUAGCAAGUUUGUGUUUCGCACGUGGAUUAACAAGACAGGCUGGGAAAACAACGUCAUGUGUUUCAUUACCGGCCUAGUGAAUCCACUGUAUUCCCUUGGAGGCCUAGAUGGGAUUUCGCACAUCACGGAAGAGAUGCCCAAUCCUGGAGUGAACGCACCAUUGGGACUAGCCAUAACCCUAUCAAUUGCGUUUGUCAACGGGUUGUCAUAUCUCCUCAGUCUCAUGUUCUCGGUCCAAGAUUAUGGGAGCCUAGGUGAUACGAGCACUGGACUUCCGCUCGCCGAACUGUUCUGGCAGGCAACUUCCACCAGAGGAGGCGCGUUCGGCCUGGUAUUCAUGAUUUGGAUAGUGCUGGGACCAUGCAUGAUUGGCACGCAAUUGAGCACUGGGCGAGUCUUGUGGGCUUUUGCGCGCGAUGAAGGUCUUCCAUUCUCGAAGAUAUUGGCGCGAGUCAACCAUCGCCUAGGAUCACCGUUCAACGCCCAGCUGUGUGUUGCUGUUAUUGUGGCACUUCUCGGGUGUAUAUAUCUGGGCUCGAGCACGGCAUUUAAUGCAAUGAUGAGUUCUGCGGUAACAAUCAACAAUUUUGCUUUCCUUGUGCCGAUCCUGACCAACGUUCUUCUUCGGCGUCAGACGAUGCAUCGUGGUCCAUUCUUCAUGGGUCAUACAAUAGGCAUGACCGUGAAUAUCGUCUCGGUUGCGUGGUUGAUCUUUGCCAUUGUUUUCUUCUCAUUUCCAUAUCAAAUGCCAGCAACGGGUAUGUACUGCUGUUUUGUGCAGUCCCAAGAUCCAGGCUAA